AUGUCGACCGAGCAACAAAAGGCGUUUUGUGUACUCCGCUUUGAGAAGUGCGAGUCUGUUAUUACCGUGCAGCGUGAUUUUCGACGAAAGUUUAACAUUGAACCUCCAACAGCCCAGAGUAUUCGAAGAUGGCAUAAAACCUUCCAAGAAACUGGUUGCUUAUGUAAAGGGAAGUCAUCAGGUAGACCAAGAACUUCGGAUGGAAAUGUUGAACAAAUUCGACAAAGUUUUGUAAGAAGUCCACAGAAAUCAGUUCGUCAAGCAUCCAGAGAACUUGCAAUACCACCGAAAACAGUUUGGCGUGUGUUGAGCAGACGCCUGAGACUUAAACCUUACAGAAUUCAAUUGUUGCAGGCUCUCCAUGACGGUGAUAUGCAAAAAAGAAUUGAGUUUUGUACAUUUUUUCUCGAGAAGAGUGAAGAGGUAGAACAGUUUUUCUAUCGUAUCAUUUUCAGUGAUGGGGCCACUUUUCAUUUAAAUGGGAAGGUAUAUCGUCCCAAUGUGCGAAUUUGGGGAUUAGAGAAUCCACGGGUAGUUGUCGAACAUGAAAGGAAUUCGCCCAACUUUUCUGCGCCGUUUCCAGAAAGAAAGUGUACGGACCAUUUUUCUUUGAUGGGAACACAAUAA